AUGAAAAAUGCUAUACAAAUUGUUUUCCCUAAUGUGCGUCAUCGAUGGUGUUUGUGGCAUAUCUUGAAAAAAUUACUUGAAAAAUUGAGAGGAUACAAAGAAUAUGAGGCAAUAAAAUUUGGUAUAAAGAAUGCAGUUUAUGAUUCCUUAACAAAAAAGGAGUUUGAAGAAAAUUGGAACAAAUUGAUAGAGAAUUAUCAACUUGAAGGCAAUGAAUGGUUAUUUGGAUUGUUUGAGGAUAGACAUCAAUGGGUACCUGCAUUUGUCAAAGAUAUUUUUUGGGCGGGAAUGUCAACCACACAACGAAGUGAAAGCAUGCACGCAUUCUUUGAUGGGUACAUCAACUCAAAAACCACUUUGAAACAAUUUGUGGAGCAAUAUGAGAAUGCUUUGGCGAAGAAGGUGGAAAAUGAAAAUGGUGAAGAAUUUAAUUCUCUCAACUCAUACAUCCCAUGUAUAACUCAGUAUCCAUUUGAGAAGCAAUUUCAAAAAGCUUACACUAUUGCAAAAUUUAAGGAGUUCCAACAAGAGGUUGUAGGACAGCUUCAUUGCAAUUUAUCUUUGUAUACACAAGGUCCUGAUUUUUCUGUAUAUGAAGUGAGUGAAGAUGUUCCAUUUGGAGAGAACCUUCGAUUAGCAACUUUCAUUGUCUAUUUUGAUAAGGAAAACUUUGACACAAAUUGUAGUUGUCGACUGUUCGAGUUUAGGGGAAUAGUGUGCAGGCAUCAAAUUGUGGUAUUAAUGAAAGAAAGGGUUCAUGAGAUACCAGACAAGUACAUUUUAAGAAGAUGGAACAAAAAUGUGAAAAGGUGCCAUAGUAAAGUGAUCAUCAAUUAUAACAACUCUUCAAUGUUGCCUGAAACACGUCGGUAUAAUAAAAUGUUUAAUGUCUUCAAUGAUGUGGCUGAUUUGGCAACUGAUUGUGAAAAUAGGUGUGAUAUGGUGGUCGAACAGUUACUUGAACUAAAAGGGAAAUUGAAAGAAGAAGUUGAAAUUGAUUAUGGAAAUAAUAAGUCUAGUUUUGUGAGUAAUCAUCAUAAUUCAACCACUCAUGGAGAUGGUGUUUCGAAGUCAAAGGAGAGUAGAAUCAUACUUGAUCCAGUCGGUUUACGUCAAAAGGGGAGGCCACCAUGUAAAAGGAAACAAUCCAUGGUUGAAAAAGUUGUUAACAAGAAGAAAAAAGGAGCAAAUGCCAAGAAAAAGACCAUCAACAUCCGAGGAAGUGUAGAGCAAUCCGAGUUUGGUGCAUCUUCAAAUAUAGGACUUGUUGAUCUUGGUACACAAGAGAGUAUUCAAGUGAAUGAAUCUGAAAUAUUGGGUCCAAGUUUAGAGCAACAAAACAUAUUUCAAGAAAACUUGUCAUACCAAAUAACAUCGGAAUAA